CGGAAGCUGUGGUAACUGCUUCCUCCUUCAGCUGCGAUCUGAAAAUCAAUCAUCAUGGCGAGCCCAAGGAGGCAAAUAUAUGGCAGGGCUCUACAACCUUCCUCCAGUAAGACACUGAAGAGUCAGCCACACAUAUUCUCUCCCUUUCUAUGGAUCCCGCUUCUCUUCCUGCUCAUGGGGCUAGGAGCCUCUCACUCCACCCCAACAGUGGUAAGAGGGCUUCUAGGAGGUUCAGUGAUUCUCCCCCUGAACAUUUCAGUCGACAUGGAAAUUGAGCACAUCGCCUGGAAUGAUCCCCAAAAUGCUCUUGCUUUAGUAACCCCAAGAUCUGAUAUCAUCCUUAUGGACAGAAGCUACCAGGGCCGAAUAAACAUCUUCGCCCAGAACAACUCCUUAUCUAUCAACAAGCUGACUUGGAAAGAUGCAGGAUCCUAUAAAGCCCAAAUAAACCAAAAGAAUUCUAAAGUCACUAUAAAUGAGGAAUUCUUCCUGCACAUCUAUGAACAGCUGCAGGAGCCCCAAGUCACCAUGACGUCUGUGAACAUGUCUGAGAAUGCCUCCUGUGACUUCACCCUGCUAUGUUCCGUGGAGGGGACAGGGGAGGACGUUCAGUACCACUGGACUUCGAGGGAUCCCCAUGCUGUCAAAUCCUUGGAUGGCUCUACUCUCACCAUCUCCUGGUUGCCCUGUGACCCAGACGUGCCCUACAUCUGCACAGCCAAGAACCCCGUCAGCCAGAGCAGCUCCCGCCCUGUCUAUGCCUGGCAGUUCUGUACAGGUCCAGGAGCCUCCAGAGGAGAACCAACAGGGGAGACAGUGAUGGGGAUCCUGGGAGAGUCCAUCACCCUGUCCCUGGCACUCCAAGACAGUCAGCACAUAGAGAACGUUGUCUGGAUGUUUAACACGUCUAUCAUCAGCAAAGAGCAGGGAGAAGCAGCAACAGCCAAUCAGCUCACUGAGUUCAAGGAUCCCCAUAAGAAUAUGUUGUGGGUCUCCAACCAGGACUAUUCCCUAAAGAUCAGCCAGCUGAGGAUGGAGGAUGCCGGCCCCUACCAUGCCUAUGUGUGCUCACACACCAGAGUGGCUAUCACAAAACAUUUCAACUUGCUUGUCUACGGAAGGCUGAAGAAGCCAAAAGUCACCUGGAGCCUCAGGCACACCAAGGACGGCAUCUGCAGGGUCAACCUGACAUGCUCAGUGGAGGACAGUGGACACAACGUGACAUACAGAUGGACACCCCUGCAGAAAGGAGCUGUCAGGUCCCAAGGGGGACCUCACCUUAGUGUCUCCUGGAGAAGCGGAGAAAAACACCCCAACUUCACAUGCACAGCCAGCAACCCUGUCAGCAACAACUCCUGGCAAUUUCUUUCUGGAAACAUUUGUCCAGGGCCUGAGAGAAGAAGCAUAAAGCUUUGGGUUUGGCUCUCCCUGAUAAUUUUCAGCCUUCUGUUCUUUGGGAUCUCUGGCUGGUGCUUAUGGAAGAAAAAACGUUGUUCAGCCCCAGUCUCCAGUUCCAGUCAAGAGGAGGCCCCAGCUGACACACCAGAGCCCACUGCUCACCAUGCACUAUACACCACGCUCUCCCAAGGGUAUGAAAAGCUGGACACUUUCCCUAAGGCUGUCAGACAACAGCCUAGGCACAGCUCCGAUAGCAGCUCCGACAGCAAUGGAACAACUGAGGAGGAUGAGGACAGGACAGAGAUGUACCAGCCCAAUGAUGGAAGAGACCAGAUGUGCGACUUGGACUCUGAGGGCCAAGCAGAGUAUGAACUCGUCACUCCGGGUGGCACGGCACCCUCAUUUGUGGUUGAAGGGGAAACAGUAUAUACACAAGUGUUCCUUGACUUGCAGGGAAAGACUCCAGUUCCUCAGACGAAAGAGAGUUCAACCACAAUCUACUGCUCUAUACAGAAACCCCAGAAGAUGGUGCCACCAUCGCCACAGAAUGAUCUUGAGUCUUCUGAAGUUCCUACCUAUGAAAAUGUCACCUGAAAAGAAAAGCAGCUGCCUCCUCUCUCCACGAGGCUGGAAAGACUGCUGGACCUCGUAGGGCUGGGACUCCUGUAGGCAGAAGCACAUCAGAAUUUCCUCCAGUGCCUCAGCGAAGCCUGGAUUUGCAUCUCGCCCUUCCUCUUCUGCCCUGUGACUUCCCACACCAGAUAACCUCCAAGCUCCCUUCAUCUCCUUGCAUGCUCAUGCUGUUUCGGCCUCACAGCUCUGACGCAAACUCCAAAACUCUGCCAAAGCCAGUCAAAUGUUGUUGAGGAGGACCUGGACUUUCACACUGUUCUCCAAAGAGCUGCUAGGAUAAAUUCAACAGAUAGUCCCACUUAUGGACACAAAGAUAUAGGUGAAAUCACUGUAGGUAGUAUAUUUUUUAACAAAAGACUGGGAAAACUCUAAAUGUCCAUCUAGUAGGAAUCUGGUUAAAUGCAUGAAAGUAUACCCAUGCACUGGCAAAACCUGCCACUUGUAUAAAGAAAGGAAAGACUAAUAUGUGCUGAUCAAUAAUGGGCUCUAAGACAUAUUGUCGAAUGGAAAACACAAAGUCCAGGACAGUGUGUAUCUCAUAAAAAAGAAACAGAUAACUCCAUGUUUAUAUAAAGAAAAGUUCUGAAGGGAAAUGCAAAAAACUUGUCAGUGGCUGCCUCUCAGGAGGAAACAGGGUUGGCCUCGGGGCGGGGUGGGGGGUGUUUACUGCAUACUUUUUUUGUACUGGUGAAGUGUUUCUUUUUAACCAUAUGUGUAUAUCACUCUUUUGAUAUAUUUUUAAGUGUUUAAAAUGCC